UUUUGCUGUUUGAAUUCGCGGGAACGUUUUAUUCGCUGGCGAAAUUCCGAAAAUAGCGGUCUCAAAUUUAAAAAACUAGGGUUUUUCUUGACGGGAUACUUGAGAUUUUAUCCUGCUUUCCGAUUUCUCACUCUUCCGUCUCCGUCUCCGGCUAAUUCCAUCUCAGGCUCUCUACAUUUUCUCCGAUGGUUGAGAAGUUGAAUGCAAUGGCGAAAAAGCAUGAAAAAAGGCCAGCUGUAUUGCCAAACAGUAAAUUCGAAGGAUCUACUUCAAAAGAUCUACUGUGUGAGCACAGAGAUAGUGAUGAUAGUGAAGAUGACACCAGUGCAGACUCUCAAGAUGAAUUAGAAAGUUUCUCUGAUAUUGAUGACCGAGAGAUUGAUCGGUACCUUUUCAAUGAGGAAGAGAAGAAUUACAAGAAGAAAAUAUGGGAAAACUCGAACCGCGAGUAUCUUUUGGAGCAAGUAGCCAAGGAAUUAGCUGCAGCAAUGCCAAAAUCCAGAAAGGGAAUGAAACAGAGACAAGCUCAACAAGCAAAAAAUUCAGAGCCUGCUCAAUCUGCUGCAGUGGCCACUUGCCAAACGGUGAAAACAAAGAGGCUCAGUAGCAAAGUCAAUCACGAUUGCCUGGCAAAGUUAUUUGAAGAUGAACCGGCAGGUGAGCGUAAUCCCAAGAGAGUACGAUUUGAUCUACCUUCGGAUAAUCACAGCAAAUUUCAGUCUAAGGUUGACGAUGACCAAGAGGAUGGUGAGCUGGGAUCAGGGAAUUAUUAUGAGGAUGGUGACAAAGAUUGGUAUAAUAAUGAAAAUAUGGAUGAAACAUAUUACCCUGAUGAAGAUGGUUAUAAUUAUUAUGAUGAUGAUCAUUACUGAUAAAUUGCUAAAUACUGUUUCUAUUGCAAUCCAUAUUCAACAUGGCUGGAAGCAAGGGAACAGAAGAUUUUUGAGUUUUUUGGAUGUUGAACUGUCUCUAUUUUGUAAGCUGUGGCAUCACUAGGUGACUAAUGAGUACCGAUAUUUUUGGUGAGUCUUAAUAA